AUGCCACACGAAAUAUGGAGAUUAAUCGAAUCAACAGGCGGGUCAAACCACUAUGUACAAUAUGAAGGAAACGGAUCGGUAGCUGCAGGGUGGCCUGCGGUUCUCACCUGGGUCAGCUUCAACGAUCUCUGGGUCGCUAGUCUACACACGAUCAGCCGAAGUUGCGACCAAUUAUAUAAAGUCCCCAACAAUUCCGACCAGGAGACGCAGGACCUGAAGGAUGCAAUCAAUUCCGUCGCCCAUGAGUCACGCGUCGACCAUCGAUUCAUUCUCGCGGCUGUCAUGCAGGAAACCAAAGGGUGCGUUCGCGCAGCAACCAGCGAGUCACCAGACGGAAUCAGAAACCCGGGCCUUCUCCAGUCAUUCAAGGGCACAUUUUCAUGUAACGACAAGGGAAAGGUGCAAACACCUUGCCCGAGAGAUCAGAUCUUGGGGAUGAUCGCGGAUGGAGUUGGCGGCACUGCAGAUGGUCACGGGUUUGCCACGGAUAUCAAUGCGCAGAAAGAGGUCGAGAAUAUCGAAUACGCAGAGGCCUACUACCGCGCCGCACGUUUAUACAACUCUGGAGCAAUUGAUGACUCUGGGGACUUGGGGAAGGGAUCGGCGACGCAUUGCUAUGCCAGUGACCUUGCCAAUAGACUGGUCGGGUGGACUGAUAGUGAGUCUUCCUGCACGUUGGAUGACGAUAAAUGA